AUGAAUCAGUGCCCUUCGAUCAAUAUAGAAGAACCAGAAGAACUGCAAAAACCUUUUGAAGAGGAAGAAGCCUUGCUUGGGUUUAGGACAUGUGUUAUAAACAAAGCACCAGGUCCAAAUGGGUAUUCCAUGAGUUUUUUUAUAAGAUGCAUGGAGAUUGUGAAGAAGGAUGUGAUGACAACCAGUCAUAACUUCCAUUCACAAGAGAUUUUUGAGAAGAGCUUUAAUGCAACAUACAUAGCUCUUAUCCCAAAAAAUGGUGCCAAGGAUUUAAGAGACUUUAGACCAUUCAGUUUAAUAGGAAGUGUAUACAAGAUAAUAUCCAAAAUACUCACAGAAAGAUUGAAGAAAGUGAUGCAUAAUCUAGUUAAUACACUACAGAUAGCCUUCUUGAGAGGUAGGCAAAUCAGUGAUGCAGUUGUCAUAGCUAAUGAGUGUCUAGAUUCAAGAAUAAAAGACAAGACUCCAGAAAUUAUGUGCAAAUUAGAUAUAGAUUAA